AUGGCUCCUGCCACUCCAGUGAACGACGAAGCGCACCAGCGGCUCCUGAACAGUCUCGACAUUGCCCAGGUCCCACGCCCAUUCCGCAACCCAAAUUGGAAGCCGUCGCAGCGGCGCAACAAAAAUCUCAAGCAGAUCAUUUCCGAGACCACCCGGAAAGAGGCAUCAGUGAUGGCAACGCAAGCAAACUCCGGUGCCACCACGCCCUUGCCCGCCACCUCGGGGGUCACAACCAGCGGCACGCAGACGCCUGCCGAAGGCGCUGGGCGGGCCCCUAACCUGGCACAAGCUGCACAGAACCUUUCCACCCUGGUGCUGGAGAAGAAUGCUCGGGCCAUGUUCCCGACCGGACCAACCGUCACCUACACGAACAUCGAGUCGGCCCCGUCGUUAAAUCCAGCCUACCAGCGCCACUACUGCGACAUCACGGGCCUGCCAGCUCCGUAUACCGAUCCCAAGACCCGAUUGCGCUACCAUAACAAGGAGAUCUUUGGGGUGAUUCGGACCUUGGCGCAGGGCGUGCCAGACAGCUAUCUGGAAGCUCGGGGGGCGCACACUAUUUUGAAGUAG